AUGAUCCAACUGCAAGCCAGUCCCUUCUUGCGGCACGAGCCGGACAGGAUGUUACCUUCCCUCAGCCAGAUCCAGCAGGACCGUCAUCGACUUGAGGGGCUUGCAGACGCCGCUGUCUGCCUUAAAGAGCCGGGAGUCUACACUCCUACUGGUUCUCCCUCAACUCCUAAUUUCCAGGAGCACAUAUUCGGGCACUCCCACUCGGUUUCCAGUGAACCGAAACCAUACGGCAUUCCGUCCAUACAAACUCUGUUCGCCAUUGCGGACGGGGACUUGCCACGUAGCUAUGGGUUUGACGCCCCCAGAGCUCAGCCUAGCUUCAGGAGGCCAAGCACUGGCUCCGAGGCCUCAUGGGAGGGAAGCUUCACCAGUGUGCCAGAGCUGUCACGUCCGUCGACGGCCAGUCCGCCUCCCGGGUUUGUCCCAAGAACUCCCGAGGCCCACCACAGCAUUGCACCACAAGGCCACCUCAAAAUCGAGCUUAGCCUGAGAGAUCUUCAGGACCAGCUCAAAUGCAUGGAAGCAACACAUAAGAGGCAAUUGGAGCCAGUUCGAUCACGGAGGCCAUCCUCCCGCCAGUCACCAUACUCGACCGCCGCGCCUGACAGAGGACGCCGUUGCGGCGGCAUUUCCGGCGGCGACCCCAGCCCAAUACACAAGGGCAAGCAGCAGAAGAAGCCCCACUUCAAUCUUCGGUACUCCAGAUCGGUGAAGCUCUUCAUCCUGUGGCACAAGGAGGACUGCGGGUGGGGGUGGAAGGCGAUCAACCGGAAGCGCGUGGACCUGCUGCCGGUGCUGUACCGCGAGGGCUACAAGCCCGAGAUCGAGGAGAACCGCGAGGUGGCGGGCAUCAACGGCUUCUACUACCGGCUCAACGACGUCAUGCCGGCGCUGACGCCCGACGGGAGCGGCCUGCGCUUCGUGGAGCACGGCGGCCGGUCCUGGGAGCUGACGGAGCCGUCCAAGUGCCGCGAGGGGAGGGAGGACAGGAGGAAAGGGUGCGGCGGCAGGGGCAAGGCGAAGGCGGACGGCGAGGCGAGGCCCAGGGGCAUGGUCGACCGGUACCCCGAGGAGGUCAUCUACCACUGGGACGAGUUUGUCAAGCACUUCGUGCCGCAAGGCAGACAGGCCGAGGUGUACGCGCGCGCCAAGAGAUAUUGCGAGAUCCGCGCUGAGCAGAGAAGGGAAAGGGGCGUGCCACAAUGGACGCCCGACAACGAGGAGGAGAGGGUCAAGCACACAAACCCGCCCAACGCCAAGAGCAAGACCUCGAAGGUGAAGGGCGAGGAAGAUGAGGCGCUGCCGGAGCUGAUGAACGCUUGCGCGCUGCUUUCUGCGGAGAAGGACUGA